AUGGUCAGAAACCACGCUAUAACGCAAGGACCAGCCCUUAGUCAUGAAGAGGCUGAUCCUGAAGACGAGCCAGUCGAGGCAGAUGAAAGGGCGCCCUUUGUGUCCAUGCUCAGCAAAGCCGAGGGCUCGACGGAAAGUCACCCUCAAGUAACCCGUUCUAUUCAGGGAAUCCCAUAUCGCAAAAGUCCGCCAUUCUCCGCGCAAAGCUCGAGUGAAGCAUGCUCAAAACUUCGCUCGGCUCUACCAGAAUAUGAUGUCUUGAUAUCUACACUGUCUAAGAAUGGGGCAUGGUGGAGCAGUUUCCGUCACAAGGUUGAGGCCAUUUGCCAGGGAUCUUACGAAGACCUGGCCGCGUUUGCUGCGCGUGCCUACACAAGCAGUGAUCCUGCCAUACUUGGCAUGCUUGUUGUUGCAUAUGCUCGUAGCACGGGGCAUCACCAUCAUCUAUAUGGGGUCGUUGACAGAUUAGCCAUCCCCAAUUCUGCGGAAUCUUACUCUGCGGAGGCAAUGGAACUUCUUCUGUUGUUGGCCAAAGCCUACAGUGAUAUUGGACAACCUCGGCAGUCUUGGAUGAUGUAUAGGAAAGGUCUUGCUAUUUCCGAAGUCAUGGGACUGUAUAGACGGGAGGUGGUUUCUCCUCGCCUCAAGAGUAUCUGGUGGGCUUUUUACCACGGAGAUCGCUUUUCGAGUCUCCUUCUUGGCCUUCCAUAUGGAUUCAACGACGCUCAUCUGGGUCCAACCAUCGAACCAUAUAAUGCACCUAUAUACCCAGAGCAGCGCUUCGUUCUGCGGUGUGCUUCCCUUGCAGGAAAGAUCAUUGACAGGAAUAUGAUGCCUGGGAAGCCAUCUUCUGCAAGUUCAAUGCUUCUCGACGAACAAAUGGAUAAUAUUGCCUCUUCUAUGCCCUUGAGCUGGUGGGAUCUACCCGAGUCACUUCCAAACUCCCACGCCGAGACAGAUGAGCUGAGAAACCUUUUGCUAUUGCACUUUUACUUCUUUCAUGUCAGAAUCAACCUCCAUCUGCCAUUCAUCCUCGGGACAGAGUCGACAUCUCCUCGAGGCUCUCACAGACUGGCAUGUUUGGAAGCUUCUCGACAACUUCUCAAACGCUUUACCCUUUUACGUACCAAAAUCCAGGGUUUUAGUAUCUUUGACUGUAAAACAAGCGACUUUGUCGGAUUCAUGGCUUGUGUAUCUCUAAUCCUAUGUCUGUCUCAACCAAGGUCAGACGAGAUCACCGUUCCGGUUCCAGACGAGGAUCAGAAGCUGAUUAGUCAAGUCAAAGGCAUAUUCGAAAGAGAAGAGAAGGCGGGAUGUAUGAUUUCCUGCCAAUGUCGAAGGAUGCUUGACAUAUUAUCGGGUAUUACCAUUGAUAGUAACGGAAGCUCAUCUGGCAAACUACCAAGUAGGAUUGCAAUCCCCCACUUCGGCUACAUCCGGCGGGAUGUAGUACAAAAAGCCGGAUUUCAAGCCACAGCAGGAGUCUCCAUGGGAUGCUCGAAUGAGGAUAUCCUGACAGCGGCUCCAACCGUCUCACGCGAUGGUCAGGGUGCGCUUGGAACUGGGUAUGGAAGUAGCAGUUGGCCAGAUACAAUGGAUACUGGAAUGUGUUGGGAGUUUGGUGGACUUGAGCAUUUUCAGAUUGAUGAUGAUCUUUCGUCGUGGCUUGAUACUGCGAUGCUGGAUGUGAAUCUAGAAUGGGACAUACCGUCAGAUAGAUUCUUUCCUAGCAACCCGCUUUUGUAG